AUGUCAGGCCUACAGGUUCCCCCGGUGACACUAGAAGACCUCCAAGCCUUUCACGCGAAGCACUUCCCCUGGACACAGCCCGCGUCCAGCCUCGCACAUCCGAACGAUGCCACGCUAGUCGAAGAGUACGUCGAAGGAGAUGAUGACCUGGGAUUCUACCCAGAUGGCGUCAAGCGUACCCUCACGGACGAACAAAUCGAGAUAUUCCGGCACAGCGAGAUCCACGCGCUCCUGCGAGAGAAGCAGCUGAAAGAGGAAGCUCUUGCUGAAAAAAUGCAGGAGUGUGACGCGGAGAAAGAUGCCGGUCCCAUCCCAGGCAAUUCUACCCAUGGCCCUGCCGAACAAGCGGCGGCGCAGAUGGAACGCAGUUCCGAACAUGCCACGCCGAAGAUGCAGUCGGAGAAUGACAGUGCUGCGUUGAACUACGAGGAGAGCGAUACAAGGACCUCGCGCGCUCGGCCUGAGCGGCCUCCUCACUUUGCUGGCCGUAGGAUAAUUUCGUACGAGGAUUGA